CGUGGCUCAGGAAAGAUGGCGGCGCCCGCGGCUGCGGCUGAGCCCCAAGCCUCCGGGGCUCCCCAGCUCCCCGUGUGUCUCUUGGUGUUGGGAAUGGCGGGAUCCGGGAAAACUACCUUUGUACAGAGGCUCACAGGACACCUCCACAGCAAAGGCUCCCCGCCCUACGUCAUCAACCUGGACCCAGCUGUGCAUGAAGUCCCCUUUCCCGCCAAUAUUGAUAUUCGUGACACAGUGAAGUAUAAAGAAGUCAUGAAGCAAUAUGGACUUGGGCCAAAUGGUGGCAUAGUGACCUCACUCAAUCUCUUUGCUACCAGAUUUGAUCAGGUGAUGAAAUUUAUCGAGAAGGCCCAGAACACAUUCAAGUAUGUCUUGAUUGACACACCCGGACAGAUUGAAGUUUUCACCUGGUCAGCUUCUGGGACAAUCAUCACCGAGGCCCUGGCAUCCUCAUUUCCCACAGUCGUCAUCUACGUCAUGGACACAUCACGAAGUACCAACCCAGUGACCUUCAUGUCCAAUAUGCUGUAUGCGUGCAGACUUUGCGGUGGUUUAGUUGGGCUGAUGACUGCCUUCUCUCUGGCACAGACCGACAUCAUUGACCACAGCUUUGCAGUGGAGUGGAUGCAGGAUUUUGAGACUUUCCAAGAUGCCUUGAACCAAGAGACUACCUACGUCAGCAACCUGACUCGCUCCAUGAGCCUGGUGUUAGAUGAGUUUUACAGCUCGCUCAGGGUGGUGGGUGUCUCUGCUGUGGCGGGCACCGGCUUCGAUGAGCUCUGUGUUCAAGUCACCGGUGCUGCAGAAGAGUACGAAAGGGAAUAUCGGCCUGAAUAUGAGCGCCUGAAGAAAUCACUGGCGAGUGCCCAGAGUGAUCAGCAGAAGGAGCAGCUGGAGCGUCUUCGGAAGGAUAUGGGCUCCAUAGCCCUGGACACAGGCGCCGGCAAAGACAGCCUGUCUCCUGCACUGGACCCUUCUGACUUGAUCCUGACGCGAGGAACCUUGGAUGAAGAGGACGAGGAAGCCGAGAGUGACACUGAUGACAUUGACCACAGAGUUACAGAGGAAAGCCGCGAAGAGCCAGCCUUUCAGAACUUCAUGCAAGAAUCAAUGGCACAACACUGGAAGAGAAACAAAUAGACCAUCCACUUGUUGCUGGAAGUUAGACAUACUGGGUCUCCACUCAGAGAAGCCCUUCCUGUGAGUCGGGGCUGCAGUCAAGAGCAGGAUAGUAGCUUCUUUGAGGGUUCCAGAUUUAGAUGAAGUCGAUGAAGGUGGAGCUGGCAGGUGGGUGCCCGUCCUUGGUUAGCUUCUCCUGGUAUUUAUGCAAGGACGUGCCUUUUCACUGCUCUGGAAGCUGAUAACCGGUCAGCCUGAGACUUGAAGCUGCAUCAUUUGAACUGAAGUCUUUUGCUGCUGAUUGGAGACAACUUUGGAUCUUGACUAGUCUGGAUCUGUGGCCUCGGCUCUUGAGCACUGAGCUCUUGACUCUGCACCUCAAUUGCUGCUCUUUAAGCAGAAUGGGAGGGGAGAGUGAGCUUGAACCGAAGGACAGUGCAUUGCCCUUGGCAGCCACGAGGUAACACGGCAUAAAGAAUCCUGUUUGAAUGGUGACUUGGAUAAAGUUUUCAACUUUAACUCCGUGUCAUGAUUUCAGAUUAGAAAUUGUGUGAUCACUAAUAGAUUCGGCACUGUUAGUUACAACCGAGCUUUAAAGGCAGACCUGGUCGGCUGUAAGCUGUAGUUUAAUUUCCCAGGUGCAUUCGCCUAGCCAGGUCCCCAAACCUGUCCUGUUUAUAUUGUCCUUAGGACAAUAUAAAGCAUUGUUUGUGACCACAGGGUUUGGCUAGGUAUCCACCCAAUAAUACAUAACUAGAAGGGCUUACCUUGGUUCUCAGAGUGUAGUCUGGAGCAGAAGGAAGGUCAGCAGCCAGGGGAGUCUUAGCGAUACCUCUCCAAAUCGGCUUCACCGAAUGGGGAGCUCAACAGACCGUUCAGGGAGCCCUGCAGGUGGCCGUGUGUGCUCUGCUUUCACAGCACUGUCCCAGCUCAGCCUGACCGAGUCCCAGUCCUCACAACUUGCCUUUUCAGACUCGGUGCCUGUUCUCUAGUAUUAUUUUAAAGCAACAUAGAAUUUUAUCUUACCACUAAUUAUUCAAUAUUCCAUACCUCUAAAAAUAUGAGCUUUUUCUUUCUUUUUGCAAAGCUUAAAACUUCUCUGCCCAACAUCAUGACAUUGCGGUGCACGUCUUUAAUCCCAGCACUCGGGAAGCAGAGGCAGGUGGACCUCUGUGAGUUCAAGACCUGUCAGGACUGCAAAGUGAGACCCUGUCUUAAAACAGAAAGAGAAAAAGGACCCACCCUUACAUGUAUCUCAAACCACCUCUGCCACCUGAGUGCUGCAACUAUAGGGCUGGGCCGCUAUACUUGCUGACCUAUUUAAGGGGAACCUUUGCAGAGCACAGCUCUGGGCUUACUCUGCUCUUCUCCAUGGCUCCAUCUCCCUGUGCUCUGAGUGUUUUCUAAGUGAGUGAACGAAAAUCUUUACACACACCAGCUGCCUGCUGGCCCCUUCAUUCUUAAAAUCAAUGAAAGAUUUGGAGAUCAAAACAGAAUAGAUUUUAAGAAUGUUAAGGAUUGGGCUGGAGAGAUGGCUCAGAGGUUAAGAGCAUUGCCUGCUCUUCCAGAGGUCCUGAGUUCAAUUCCCAGCAACCACAUGGUGGCUCACAACCAUCUGUAAUGAGACCUGGUGCCCUCUUCUGGCCUGCAGACACACACACAGAUAGAAUAUUGUAUACAUAAUAA